CGCUGAGCUUACGCGCGUCCCCUGUGUAAUAUGCGUCGGUGGUGAUUAGUGCCAGUGUUGUGUACCAUAUCGAUUUUGUACAAAGACCGUGAUCUGUGCUUAUCCUGCAAACAUGAGGUCUUCCAGCGCUGUCGCGCUAUUUACGCUAGCGAUAAUAACAGAAUGCUUCGGCGCCCAAUCCGACCGGUCGCGGUCCCGAUCCGGCCCGGUCCGUAGCGUCCCCGUAGCUGCUGAUAUUAAACGGGACGUUGACUUCGACUGUCCCGAAGAAUUCGGCUACUACCCACAUCCCACCGACUGCACAUUGUACUAUGUCUGCGUGUUUGGCGGCGCUUUACUCGAGUCAUGUACUGGUGGCCUUAUGUACAGCCACGAGCUCCAAACGUGUGAUUGGCCGCGCAAUGUAGGCUGUGACGGCACCAGCGCGGUAGGUGGUGAAGAGUUGGAACGGAUCAACGAACGUAACCCACCGCCCCCUCCCCCUCCGCCACCACCGCCUUGAAAGUGCGCCCCUCCGCCACCCCGCCGUACACCCCCGCCGCCACCACCGCGGGCCCAGCCGAAUCCGGUCAUCACAUCAAGAGGACAGCCUAAAUUCAGCCGACAAGAAUAUGAAAAGCAGCAACAACUUUACGCAGAAGUAGAUGACCUACCACCAGUCGAAGAAAUUGAAAGUGACCGACAACAGCGAGUUUACAGAGGACAGCCCCCAACCAUAGGACAAGUUCAAAAAGACAGAGAUGGUUAUGCAGCCCAGCCUAUUAAUACUGGAAGAAAUCUGAACUCUAACAUCAUUCCUGCAUCUAUUCCUCAAAAUAGCGGUAAAAUAGGCUCCUUCUCAUUCGGCUCUCAAGUCGAUGAGCGACGAACUGCUACUGUUACUCCAGCGCCACAGUCUUACAGUGAAGACAAAAGUGACAGCGUGACUGACUCUUCUAAUGACAGACAAUUAGACGUUGAGACGAACGAGAUUAUUACUAAUGACUUGACUGAAAAACCAGUCCUCAGGAAGAAAAGGGAAGUAGUAGGAAAAGACUUAAGCGUUAAUGAAACUAGCUCUAGUACUACUAAACCAGAACAAAUGUCUAAAAGAAGUGAUAGUGGAGAAGAAAUGGAGUAUUUUGAAAUAGACACUGAUAUCGACGAUGGUACAUCUCUAGAUGAAACUGAGCGAGGAAAGAGACAAAUUAGAUAUUACUACAAAGACGGAUACAAGGCUCCUGGAAAGAAUUGGGCUUUCGUAAAGCCGGCUAAAAUAGUUGAAUUCCCACAACCCCACCAUAGUACCAAUGUUCAUAGUGCUAGAUAUCAGCAAUCAUACAAUAAUAAUUUAAACAACAAUAACUACUAUGAUAUUACACGCCGUCCACAGACAUACAAUAAUAAUGUUUACUCUACCGUCAAUCCUUUUUUAUCUUACCAGUCCGGCAAUUCUCAAUCACAAAUAGUAUUUAAGCCUAGUUUACCAGACCCAUCUAGUCAACCUCAUAAUCCUCUUAACUCUGCAACACAAAUUAUCACAAAAAGUCCACCAAUAUCUUCUUUGAACAAUGAUCCGUACACAGCUUUAGCUGGUGGUUUUUACAAUAAUGCGCAGCCUUCACAAGGUAAUGUUCAAUAUAUAGCACAGAUUUAUUCAACACCAUCCUCUGCAAACUAUCAGAAUAAUCCGAUAUCCUUUCCCGAUUCAUCUCAUGUUCCCAGUACUAUUGUAACGGGAAAACCUGUCCCAGUGCCAACAUCACCAAGACCUCAAGAACAUUACAGAAAUUCAGAGCAAGAACGAAAUAAAUAUCAGCAACAAAACCAACAAUUGAUUCAAAACAAUCAACAGCCAACAAGAAAUGUUAAGGUUUUACCACCGAAUGCCAAUAAAAGACCUUCAGAUGAAAAAGAUUAUGAUGAUGAAGAAAACUCUAACGAAGAUGAAAAUGAGUCUUCGGAAGAAGAAGAAGACGAAGAUGAUGAUUUUCCUUCGCCACCCCGUGAAUUCACACACCCUAACUACAAAUAUAAAGAAAUAGAAAAUCCGUUCGCUAAUCCUAACUUUGACUUUGAUGCAUAUUUGACAAAGAUAAGUAAUGGGCAGUAUUCUCCAAAUGCAAAUACUAAACCGCGGCCUCCUACAAUUAAAAAGCCCACUAUCGAAGUUACAACUAUAUCACAAUUGGGUUCUAGAGGACCAAAUUCACCAGUCAAUUACGAUGGGAUGAGUAGUCCAAAACCAUUUACUAUUCCAACUGUAUCUAGCUCGAUAGUAGUAAGCAGUAUGAGACCAUCAGCAAUUCCUAUAAAACAUGUUCAGUCCUACGAUCAGGUUAUUCAGAGACCAGAACCGGCGAACCAAAAUCAACAAAAACAACAACAAUCCUUUCGCCAAAAUGCGUAUGUACAGCAGACUGCCGGUACUCCGCUAGAAGCCAAUAGACCAAAAUUGAAACCACCAAAUUUUAAUGAUGAUCGCCAGUUACCCAUCAGUUACAGCUUCAGCAGACCAAUAAGCAGCACAUCUAAACCUAAUCAAGAUACAAAAACCAAGGGCGAAAACCUAUAUUCUGUUACUCCAAAACCUUACUUGUUGAUUGCUGGGACAGGUGCACCUAUAUUGGUGUCAACGCCAAAACAUCAGUAUCUUGUAAAACCCGAGAAGAUAGUAUCACUUCACCCUCAUGUUGUAGCAACUGCUAAACCGUAUUUAGUAUCUUCUAUCAAGCCCCAUAAUGCCCAUAUAAUAUUAAAACAGUCCACUCCUAAACCCAUGACGACGUUAGCACAUGAGCAACUCUCAGCUUUGCAACAAUACUGGAAAAACCCGUCAACUGAAUCAAUUCCUUUCCAUUCCGUUUCAUUCAAACCAAGUACGCCAAAAAAUAUUCAAAAUCUUGAGAAUUUAUUUGCCCAAGCGAUAAAAUCCACUCAGAUGCCGGUUAAAAAUUAUAGCAAUCAUCAAAGCGCUGCCUACACAAACAAAAGUCCCAUCACAACCACCACAAAAGCUCCACCAAAACGUAGACCCAUCCCAAAACCUUCCCCAGAAAUGAAUGACUAUUACUAUGAUGACGACGAGGAACAAUAUUACUAUGAACCUGCAGUAAAACCAAAAUAUAUGCCGAGUACUGAAGUGAAACCACAGAGACCACCUAUGGCGCAAAAUUAUAAAGAAUAUGAAGAUAGCUAUGAAGACGAUGAUGUACCCGUAAAUGUUAAAUCAAAGCCUACAAGAGUCCCAAUGAAAUACAAACCUGAAAGUGCCACUAAGAAUCACAACGAUGUAUCUAUUGUCACAAAAGCUCCGUUGAAAGAUUUUACUAAAAACAUUAACGGAAAAAUUCCCAUUCCUGUGUUGGUAGACUACGGAACUCCAACUCCAAAUACUUUGCUUCGUCCUGAAAUAUCCAAUUACCAAAUAAUACACCAUAUGCCUCGCAACCGAACUGUUAUGCAUAUAAGAAGACCAGUUACUCAGAACGGCCCUAACACUGUUAGACCACCCAAAUAUUUGAAUCAAACGACUUUGCGUCCCUAUACUGUUAGGCAUAGGUUAGCUAAGCCGACUAUUCUUACAGAAAAUUCUCAAGAAGAUAAAUUGACAAGAGGAAGAAUAAGAUAUCCAAAUAUUGUUGCACAAAUGAAAUUGACAACUCCUCACGAUAGCCACAACCAAGAGACUAGAUUUACAAAGACUAAACAUGACGAUAAAACAAACAGCUUGGAACCGACAGAAAGUGUAGCUCCAGUCUCCUAUUCAGCAAGCCCUCGUCCGAAGAUGUUGUACAAUGGAUCUCAGAACUACAGCCCUGACCAAUACGAUCCUUUCUACGCGGUUUACGAUGAAGACGGUGAAUUGUAUAAAGAUACAGACUACGUUCAGCAAUAUAACACGGCCUCGCUCCGCCCAGCUGUGCAGCAGACGUACAGAGGCACUCCACCACCAGCUCCUGCCAGAAGACCUGUUGAGACCUACACUCCAAGGCCGUCACCGGUGGACUACGAUGAUGAACUUAUUCAACCACAGAUAAACAACCAGAACCAAUACCAAGCACCAAUUCGCCAUUCGACAAGGGGCGAAGGUAAUGAAUUGGGAUAUGAUCAUAACCCGAGCAGCGUGAGGACGACUUUGUACGAAGCCACCACUUUAAGCACUACUCCUCCCACUACUAGCACCAGCACGACCACACAACGCCCUACUACAGCACCUUACACUGAAGCAAUGACCCCGUCUCGAUAUACCCCAAGAUCAUCCACAGAUGAAAGUCCAAUUCCUGAAUCCUCUUCAAAACCUUCUGACGAGACUAGUUCGUCGGCUCCUACCACGUCAGCACCUAUCAUAAACUUUUCCUCCCUUGCCAAACCUUUUGAAAAGACUGACAACGUUUAUAGGUUAAAAGAGACAAUAUCCACGACAGAAACUCAUCCAACCUCAUCAAGACGUUCUUCUGAAGUGACUAACAAUAGUAAUAAUGUGGAAGUGGUAAGAUCCAAGUCUAAUAGGAAUAAUAAAAAAGUGUCACUAACAUCUGGUUUUUCAAUCAGGCGUAAUCCUAAUAAUGCCAAUAAUCCUUAUACAUUGACUGUUCUAACGCGGCCUUUAGAAGAUUUUGAUAAAGCUCGCAAACCUAAUAGUCAAGAAGGUAGCAGUAGCAGUAAUAGUAGGCAAAGGCUGUCUGAUAGUUAUUCCGAAGCUAUUAGUAGUGAUAGUAAAGAUGUAUCGGAGGAGCCUAUAGUUGAGUCUGAUAGCAAAUACGUGUCAUCUUCAGAAAGCUCAAUGCGCAGGAAUGACUACGGUCCUGACAAUAGUGAAGAUGAAUACGAUAUUCCUGUUUAUAUAAGGCCAACGAGUAGAACAAAAGCCGUAAAAUCUAGAAUUCGAACUACCACCACACCCUCAACGACUUCGACAAAAUAUUACAUUAAGUCCGUUAAUACUCGACCGACUCCGUUUGUUGCUAAGAAUCAAGAAAUUGUAGACUCCACAGAGAAUUCUAUUAACACAGAAGCAUUAAUUGAGACUGGUUUGCAAAAUGCUCGUACCAUUGAGUUAUCAACUGUACCUCUAAAUAACACGCUUAAUGAGCAACCACCGACAAAGGAGUACGAUAGAUCUCAAUAUACUUGGAAUGAGCCUACCGUGUCACCCUUUAAAACAUUAGAUAAUUUACGAAAUUCGUAUAGAACUAGUGAUACACGUGAUUAUACUACCUCUACUACAUCCACUACUGUAGCAACAACUACUACACGUAGACAAAUCAGAAAUCGUAAUAAUAAGAAACAAAAACAUGCACGUAAACCCUCAUAUUACAGUUAUCGUCUAGAGGAUGAAGUAGUCCCUGAUCAAACUACGGAAAUAUUUAAUGGCAAAGUUAAGACCGUCAUUAAAGCAUUUUUGAAUAAUUUCGUGAGUUCUACCGAACCACUUCAGAUUGUUGAAGACUUUACAACAACUACAUCCACUACAACCGUUAAACCCACUACACCUGUACAAAGAAAUGAAGAUGAGGUAGUCAAUAUAGGAUUCCAGAAGAGGCCAUUCAAGUAUGUGGAUGAAAAACCUUUGCGUAGUAAUGUGAAGCGUUUACAAAUAAUAACAGAGGCACCUGUUAGUAGGUAUGUCCCUCCAAGUGCUGAAUCUAUUAGUUUCACUGAGCAAGACCGCGAAAUGAAAGAUUUUUCAUCAACAACAACGACUAUGGCAACUAUGAGUAGUAGCCCGUUCACAUACGCUAACAUACCCACAUCUCCUAUGCCAACACAAAGCUCAACCAGUGAUUUUAGAAAUAUACCAAGUAGGGACUCGUACCAAUCUAAAUUUAGUAGUUUUAUAACUAGCAAACCAGAAAAUGAAGCCUCAUUCAAGUUCCAAAAUAUUAUUAACAAUGCCCCCUCUACUGAAAGUAGUGUUCGGGAUAGUGAACUUAAUGAUGAAGUCAUAAAACCGACUCAAUCUCUUGUGGAGGAUAAAGCUACGACUGAGACUGAAGUACGACAUAACAAUGUCGAGAGCGAAAUCGCAUCUACGACAAGUACUACGAAAUCGACAACGACUUUGAAGUUCGAACCGACUACUUCGACGACUAAAAGCAUAUCCUUUCCACCGCGAGCCUCACGAGUCAAUCCCGCCAUUAAGUUAGCUGCGACAAACCCAGGAGGUGGGCGCAGGAGUUACCAAUCGUCGUCCAAAUGCUCAUCAGACAACAGUCUGCAAGCGAAUCCAAAAUGCAACGAAAUCAAAUACCAGAGACCGACCAGCACCCGAGGCCGCGGUUCAGCUCACUACUCCACCGCGAGCGACGCGCAGUCGCCUCAGCCAGCCCCGAACCGAGGAACCCCACCAACCCGCAGCCGACCGACCUUGAAACCAUCAACGGCUAUUGUCUCCAAGAGCACGGAGUUUGUUGAUAUCUAUGCUCACCCUCCGAGCCGACCUGACCCAGUCUACCCGCAGCCCACUCCUGACAAGACAGCAGCGAAGUGUAGGAAGGAUGUCUGCCUUUUGCCGGACUGUUACUGCGGUGGCAAGGAAAUACCUGGCGACUUGCCGGUGGAACAGGUGCCUCAGAUUGUUCUUCUGACCUUCGACGACUCUGUAAACGAUCUGAACAAGGGUCUGUACGCCGACCUGUUUGAGAAGGGUCGCGUCAACCCCAAUGGUUGUCCGAUAUCCGCAACGUUUUACGUGUCCCAUGAAUGGACCGAUUACAGUCAAGUACAGAACCUGUACUCAGCCGGACACGAGAUGGCAUCACACACAAUUUCACAUAGCUUUGGAGAACAAUUCUCCCAAAAGAAAUGGUUCAGGGAAGUGGGUGGCCAGAGAGAAAUUUUGGCAGCGUACGGAGGUGUCAAGCUUGAAGAUGUUAGAGGCAUGAGAGCGCCCUUCCUUUCCGUCGGUGGCAACAAGAUGUUCAAAAUGUUGUAUGAUGCUAACUUCACUUAUGAUUCAUCACUGCCUGUUUACGAGAACAGGCCACCAAGCUGGCCUUACACUCUUGACUACAAAUUGUUCCACGACUGUAUGAUCCCGCCAUGCCCCACGAAAUCUUAUCCAGGUGUAUGGGAGGUUCCUAUGGUGAUGUGGCAGGACCUGAACGGAGGCCGUUGUUCUAUGGGUGAUGCUUGUGCCAAUCCUCCCGAAGCCGAGAACGUUUACAAGAUGAUCUUGAAGAACUUUGACAGACAUUAUACUACCAAUAGGGCACCUUUUGGUCUCUACUACCACGCAGCGUGGUUCACACAGCCCCACCACAAGGAGGGCUUCAUCAUGUUCCUGGACUUUAUCAAUCAAAUGCAAGAUGUGUGGAUCGUCACCAACUGGCAAGCGCUGCAGUGGGUGAGAGACCCCACGCCCAUCAGCAGACUCAACAACUUCCAGCCGUUCCAGUGCAACUACCAGGACCGGCCGAAAAAAUGCAACAACCCUAAAGUAUGCAACCUCUGGCACAAAUCCGGAGUCAGAUACAUGAGGACGUGUCAACCUUGCCCCGAAGUAUACCCAUGGACCGGCAAAUCGGGCAUCAGAUCUUCACGCAUAGACAACGACAUCGGAGAAUAAGCAAAAUAGUUACUAUAGCAUAAUAAUACAACCACUUUCGAUAUUACAAUACAUGUUGAUUGUUGAUACAUGAGAUGUAUCAAAGCCAACGAGGCAAGAGAGGUAUCGAAUGUGUAACUCACAGUAGAAAUUGUUUUGUCACCAAUUGAAGAGUGCCAUUUAGAUGUCGAUGGUCACAAAGCAAAUAUUGACAAUUUCAAAGUAACGAACUAUACGUUACGAUUCUCUAAAAUACGUCCUAAAUGUAUUGGAAACUGUGAUAUUAAGUGUUUUCAAUCGUCUAGUGUGAAGAUAGCGUCGAUUUUGUUAGUUUUAAUUGCAUGGUCUACUUAUAGCAAUACUCGUGCAAUGUGUUUUGCAAUAAUAUUUCCUAUUUUGUGUUCGUUUUUAGUAUGUAAUGGAUACUCUCUAAAUUAAUUCAGAAUUAUGUUUUGUAAGACUUUUUAUGUCAUACCGUGAUAGUAAAGUUACAGUCUCCACUAUUUAUCAAAUAACUACUAAACUCGUCAACAAAUGAUUACCAUUUUCCGAAUAAUUUUAAAUGAAAGCCAUAUUAAAAUUUAGAAAAUAUGUUUUUUUUUUCUAAUCUUGCCAGCUUCGUGGUUGACACUGCCUUCUUGUAAUUUGUAAAUAUAGGAUUAGCUAGUGAGUAAUUUAGUUUUAUAUUGACGCAUAAUAUAAGGUCCUCUUGAAAAGUAACUUUUUACGAUUUUAAAAUGAAUUUCUAAUUUACAAAAUGUUUUUGGAAUUUUGGUUGGUAUGUAGCAUUGUGUAGACGUCUGACCACAUCGCAUUGUGUCCCUCUGUGAUGUGGCACAUGUCUAUACAACUGUUUAAUGUUUAUAUUUCGAGGACUCUUAAUAACUACAUGAUUAUUUGAUAGGAGAAUUCCCGUUCGAGUCAUACGCUUAUCAUUUUUUACUCUAGCUUCAUCUUCUAGCUUUUCUACCUACAUUUCUGAGCUAUGAUUCCAACGGUUAAUUCGUAUUUUUCUCUAUUAGAUUUUAAGCUUUGGUCUGCUAUUGCAACUGAAGUCAUUGGAAGCGCUUGCUACGAAUCUUAUUUAAACAUUAUUCAAUUAUUUAAUAAGCCCUACUGUAAAUAUAGGAUUAGUAUUUAAAAUUGGUAGUUUCACUUUUUUAUUAUCGUUUCGGCUAGGAAAUGUAUCUCGGACAUGACUCUGCACUGAGGUCCUAUAGUGCAAAAGUUUAGGACAAGUUGAUUUCGUAUUUUGUAUCGGCGACAUUUAUUUAUAUUGUACAAGAACUGUAACAAUUAUGUGACCAGUGCUGGUAAUAAAAUGCUAUAAAAUA